AUGAACGACAGCGGUAGUCCAGCUGUAGACUUCAGCAGAGAGGAUUCCAUCGACCCGAGUGUGCUCGCAGAACUACCCAAGGGCAGCCGUGUCAUAUCCACCGAGGAGCGUGGCAUAAGCUUCUGGGGCACUACUGGCCGGAUAAACGUUGAAUUGGCUGAUGGGACACCCGUUUCAUUCUUCAUCAAGGCCGUGACGAAGGAAAGGGGCAAGAACAUGGUUUACGGGGAGUAUGAGUCUAUGAAAGCCAUAUACAACGUUGCUCCGAACUUUGCCCCAAAGCCGAUCGCGUGGGGGUCCUACCAGGAUUGCCCAGAUACACACUUCUUCCUCUGCGAAUAUCGUGAUAUGGCUGCUGACAUGCCUGACCCGGAUAAAUUCGCUGCUCGGUUGGCUGCUCUCCAUAACAACAGCGCAUCUCCGACGGGGAAAUUCGGCUUUCAUGUGACCACCCACAAUGGCAACUUGCCGCAAAUGACUGACUGGGAGGAUAGUUGGGAGAUUUUCUUUGCUAAGAGCAUGAGACACGCUCUUGAUCUUGAGAUUGCAGUCAAAGGCUGGGAUCCAGAAUUGGAUUUCUUAGUUCCAGCGUUGUUUGACAGGGUCAUACCGCGCCUCCUCCGGCCACUUGAGAGCGAAGGACGAUCAGUGAAGCCUUCGCUGAUCCAUGGUGAUCUGUGGUAUGCCAAUUCGGGCAUCGACACGGAGACAGGAGAGUCGCUUGUGUUUGAUGCAUGCUGCUUCUACGCCCACAACGAAUGUGAGUUGGCAGGUUUUUAUGGUGAAGGCAAUCAAACUGACCGAUGGGACACCAAUGAAGACGAGUUUGGACAAUGGCGGCCGAUUUGUAACCGAUUCGGUGACGAAUACCUGGAGGCCUAUCGCUCCUAUGCUCAGGUUUCGCCGCCGGAGGAGGAUUACGACGGGCGUUUGGAUCUUUACAAGUUGUAA